GGCUCUUGCCUGGUCCGCAUUGGUGUGUAUGGGGUGGUGUAUGUGUUGUACCGGGGCUGAGCCUGGUCUGCGUUGGGUGGGGGGCGCAGGCCCAUGGUAGUAGGUUGGCCAGGUACGGGGGCUGCGUGUGGGCUGGGGAACGGCAGGCCCACUAGCUGCCUCAUUGCCCCCAGGGCACCCAUGGAACUGUGCUUAAAGUUCAAAAUCCAACUGUUUCCCAGCACCGCCCUGCCCCAGGUACCAUCUUGUUCCUGAGUGGCACAGAAACUGGCCAGUGCCACCUGGACAUUACUGCCUCUAUCCGGCAUUGUAAGAGCAGAGUGGUCCCUGAGGGGCCCCUGGGAAUUUCUGCCUCUAGCCGGGCGUGCGGCUUUGUCAAAGCAGAGUAGUCUGGAAAUCGAGGAGGUGUGUCCCCUGCUGCAAGCUUGGCCGGUUCUGGUUUUGCUGCUACUUUUGGUAGAUGGAUGGCUCACGGUUCCCAAUCCACCAUCCCUGAGGAAAUGGGCCCAGAAUGGAAAAAGGGUUCUUGGCCUCAGGUCACCAUGCUGCCUACGAAGGUGGAAAUCGAGAAGCAGGGGCUCCAGGUGUCUGAGUUACACUUCCCACCGCAGAUCUGGAGAUGACCAGCGCCCGGAGCCGCCUUGAUGCUGUGCUGCAGUGUCUGCUGGAGAAAAGUGAUGUGGACCGGGAGCAGAUGGACGAGGAUGCCGGGAAGACGUCCAGUGACCCGCUCAGCAAGGACUCCUCCCCCUCCGCGACUGGGAAGAGGCCCUCAGCACGGUUCUCCCAUCACCGGCGCAAGAAGAGGAAGGAGACAGAUGAUGGAUUGACUGAGGGUGGCCAGCAGAGACAGAACACCUACAUCAUCAAGCUGUUUGACCGGAGUGUGGACCUGGCGCAGUUUGCGGAGAGCACCCCGCUGUACCCCAUCUGCCGGGCCUGGAUGAGGAACAGCCCCGCUGUGCGCGAGAGGGAGCGCUCGCCCAGCCCCCCGCUGCCCACCCUGCCUGAGGAUGAGGAGGGGGCUGAGGGGCUGAACGGGAAGAGCCAGGAUGUGUACAAGCUGCCCCCGCCGUGUGCUGGCCUGGAGAGUGCUGGUGGGGAGUCUGUGAGCGCCAGGAUACCCUCCCCGCUGCCACCUGAGGAUGGGGGGCUGCCCCCUGACAUGACCCCUGACCCACGGCCCUCGAUGUCGUCUCUCAUCUAUAAGAACAUGGAGCGCUGGAAGAAGAUCCGCCAGCGGUGGAAGGAGGCAUCGCACCGGAACCAGCUGCGCUAUGCUGAGAGCAUGAAGAUCCUCAAGGAGAUGUACGAGCGGCAGUGAGGGGCCCUGCCCAGGCCCUUUCUCUUGGGGGUGGGGCUGUACUGAGGCCCAGACACUGGGAAUGGGGCCACUUGGGCGCCCCGCCUCUGGGGAGGCCAGUCCUAGUAGAAAGCAGCUGAAAACCCUGGGCUUUGUAUGGGGGAGAGUGGUCUAGGUUGGGGGUGCCACUCAUGCCCCCCUUCUGUCCCCUGGCUGGGGUCUGUGUGGGGUGGGGCUGCCCCUGAAUGGAGGCAGCAGCUAGUGCAUGUAAGGGGGCCUAGUCUCCCAUCCCAACCUCCCUCCUCUCCUGCCCCCCCCAAGUUCCAACACAGCCAAUAAACGGAGUCCCUGGCA